UAGUGUCUUCCGGUCGCCAUACUCGCUCUUUUGCAUUCGGUCUGUGAAGAAACGUGGAUUUGUGUUGGAGUUUUUCACAAAAAGCCACAAAAUGUUUAUGCCCAAGCAGCAUCGUGUGACUAUCUAUGAGUACUUGUUUAAGGAGGGUGUUAUGGUGGCAAAGAAGGACUUCAAUGCACCAAAACAUCCCGAACUGGAGAAUAUUCCCAAUCUCCAUGUCAUUAAGACCAUGCAGUCCCUGGAGUCUCGUGGCUUUGUCAAGGAACAGUUUGCCUGGAGACACUUCUACUGGUAUCUCACAAACAAGGGCAUUGAAUACCUCCGGACGUAUCUCCAUUUGCCUCCAGAGAUUGUCCCAUCAACGCUGAAGCGCAACGUCAGGACAGAAACUGCACGUCCUCGCCCAACAACUGCUCCACGAUCAGAAGGAUCCAAACCUCAAGAGGAUCGCUCUGCUUAUCGUCGUGCUCCUCCAGGAGGUGGUCCUGACAAGAAGGGAGAUGUUGGACCUGGUGCUGGAGAUGUCGAAUUCCGCGGAGGAUUCGGUCGUGGAAGUCGCCCACAGUAAAUGAAUUCCCACAUCCGGAAAAUGAUUUUAAUAAAUCGGAAAAUUACAAAAAAUUUUCCUUA